UCCAACACGUGGCUCAGCGUCAGACUGGUUCUUCCGGCCGCCUCCGCGCCAUGGCGCAUUUCUCUCGCUGGGCUCCGGUGGCCGGUGGAAUAUUGGCCUCGCUCCCGAUCAGUGAUGCGCUGAAGGGGCGAAAGAGUCUGAGGUGCGAGGCGAAGCAGAGUCUUCCGGUGGUGGUGCUUGGGGGAGGUGUGAUGGGCCUCUCAACGGCCUGGAGCUUGUGUCGCAGAGGUGUGAAGGUGGAGCUCUUGGAUGCCAACCAUUCUGAGAAGGGCAGCUGGGGCGAGACGCGCAUCGCGCGCGUCAGCUACGCAGACCCGGUGAUGCUGCGCCUGGCGCGGCGCUCCUACGAGCUUUACGAGGAGCUUAAGAAGGAGCAUCGGGAGCCGCUGAUGUGCCCCACGGGCUGCCUGGACGUGGGUUUCGACCGCCGGAGCCUGGAUGGCCUGGCAAAGACCUAUGAAGAGCUGGGUCAAAGCUAUGAACGCCUCAGCCAUCGCCAGGUUGCAGAGCGAUGGCCCAUGCUCCGCCUUUCUGAUGACUAUGUGGAGGCCUCGGUUUUUUGCCCUGCGGGAGAUGCAGUCCUUGCCAGUGUGGUGUUGGAAGCAUUGAAGGAGCAAGUUCAGCAACUCGGAGGUCCUGCUGCAUACGUCGAGUCGCCGGUGGUCAGCAUUGACCGUGCAAAGAAGACGGUCACCACAGAGGAUGGGAAGACGAUCGCUUACUCGAAGUUGGUCCUCGCAGGUGGCAUUUGGAGCAAUCAGAUCUUAAGCUUGAUGGGUCUUCCGUUGUUGCCUUUGGUGACCAGCGUCGAGCAACAAACGUACUACGCUACUCCGGAAGGGACAGAGGAGCUCUUUAGUGCUGGCAAGCUACCAGUGGUCCUUGAGCACAACCCUUCACCAGAGCCGGAGAUGAAGCGCAGAGGAGGUUACAUGAUCCCUCAUGUGUCGAAUGGUGUGGAUGGCGUCAAGUUUGGCAUGCAUCGGCAAGGCCCACUGAUGGAUCAUGAGGACUUCCCCAUGGUGCCGGGCGCCUUUGCCGCGGCGCAGCGCUACUUUGCCUGCGCUGGCACACGUGCGGAGCGCCUCUGGUCCCAAAGGUGGCCAGAGGAGGAGGAUUCUCAUCUCCGAGAGGAGACGGACGCUUUUGCGCGACGGAUCUUGCCAGAUCUGAGCAUCGAAAAGUCCGAGCUCACCAUGCGAUGCCCCUAUGAUCAACACCUCUACGCUGAUGAGGACUUUGUGGUCGGAGUGCAUCCCGAAGAUCCAGACAUUAUUGUGGUCUGCGGCUUUGCGGGCGAAGGCUUCAAGUUUGGUCCGGCCAUCGGCGAGAUGGCGGCCACCUUGGUGACGGGCGGCAGCUUCGCGGUGCCUGAGAGCGUGCAGCGCUUCCGGCUGAACCGGCCGAGCUUGCUCUUGCUCUCGUGAUGCGAUUGCGGGGUGGUUGAGGGAGGGGGCGCUUUACUCUUGGUUUCGAUAGGCGAGGAGCAUGACAGCCAAACGGCUGGCCUGUGGUCCUACCACCAAUCUCUUAUAUAUAUGCAGAUUGCUUUUAUAAAUUUUGCCCAUGCUUCACCGAGGAGAAGGUUGUUCUCCUCGGUGAAGGAUGGAGGCUGCAAAAGCCAGCCUUAGCCAGAAGAGGGCAGUGCCCUUCGUCUUGGG